CAUUACUCCACAACGACAACAUCACGUCCACCACGACACAAUACCACUACAAUUACUUCAAAUAAAGAAUGAUCUACAGUCAUCGAUAAUCAACAAUCGCAUCCCGAACAAUUACCCUCCCCCACCACCUCACCACCACACCACCACCACUACCACCGGUAUCACUACCACGCAAGACAACCAUAACCAUGUCCACAAACACAGCAGAGGGUGCCUCCACCCCAGCACCAACAAAAGCCUACAACCUGCGCAAUCCAAUGCCGCUCUCCGCAGCGCAGGAAACAGAAGUCAAGCAGAUGUUCUACAAGCGCGUACGGAGCCACUGCGCGGAUGAAAUCAAGGCAUUCGCUCAAUGCGCCGUCAACCGCACAAUAACAGCAACAUGGCUCUGCCGGAGCGAGCGCCUCGCCAUGAACGGGUGUAUGCUGGAGCACGCGAAGCCCGAAGAGGAAGACCGCGCGCGGGAGGAAUGGUUCGCGACGCAUGGGGAGCGGCGUCGGAAGAAGGAGGAGGAGACGAGGAGGGUGGAGGCUAGGCGGGCGGAGGUGAUUCGGUUGAUGAGGGAGGAUGAGGAGAGGCAGAGGCUUGCUGCUGCUUCCAAGUGAUUUGUAGGGUGAUCGGGGGUCUUUUAUGUGUUUACUGAUGUUGGGUUGGCGUUGCGUCUGUUUUACGUAUGUGCAUGUAUAGUAUUCUUACAGGUUCGACUGUAUAUU